AGUGGUGAAUUGGAAUAAUUGCAUGGUUUAUCAAAACAACCGCCCACUCAUGACGUCACACCGCCUGCACCGUGUUUAUGAUGUGGUUUUGAGCAGCAGAUGCUAACGAGCACUAAGAUUCAUCACUAAACAUGCUCUGAAUUUCCGGCUGGCAGGCUCCACAGACAGAGAUGGCAGUGUGUGCACUGACCAUGUUGGAUGGGAUGGAGGAGGAGGUGACGGCAGCAGGCGGCGUGCUGCUGCUGGUCCUGGCCCUCGUCUUGGCUUGGCUCUCAACCCACGUGGCUGAUCGGGGAGACCACAUUCUGGGCACCAUCCUCACCGUGGGCACCCACGCCUCUCUGAUAGGACUGGGGGGCCACGACGGCUACAGCGGGGGAUCAGCCGGCGCGGACGCCUCCGAACAGCAGAGCGCUCCGCCUUCUCAAGAAAACAAGCCUGACGAUGGGGAGGAGAUGGCUGAAAGAGGAGAGGGUGAGGGCGAGGGGGCGGAGGGCGUUCGGACAGACCUGCUGCUGAACAUACAGAGCAAACAACCACCGCUUGGAGGGCGGCGGGCUUCCGGAGAAGAGGAGGAAGUGGAAGAGGAGAAAGAUGGAGCAGCGGAAGCAGCGGGAGUUUCAGAAAGGAAACCAGGAAAGCUCAUGUCCGUCUUGACCAACACCAUCUCCCCUGUCAGCACCACCCCCUCCAUCAGCAUCCGGCUCAAGUUUUUAAACGACACGGAGGAGGUGGCUGUCCUGGAUCCACAAGACACAGUGGGAAAACUAAAAAGUAAAUUUUUCUCCGGUCAGGAGCAUCAAGUUAAGCUCAUCUACCGAGGUCAGCUGCUGCAGGACCCCCGGAGGACUCUGUUUUCCCUCAACAUCACCGACAACAGCGUCGUCCACUGCCACAUCUCACCAUCACUUCACGAAGCCGCCCCGGACGAGGAGCCACCGUCCGGAGCCGAGGCCCGGCCCGAGGUCUCCGGGGGCUUCAGGGCUGCCGGGGUGGCGGUGAGCACCAGCAGCCUGGUGGUCCCCGUCUUCGUGGUGGUGCUGGCCGUGGUUUGGUACUUCCGCAUCAACUACAGGCAGUUCUUCACCGCCCCCGCGACCAUCUCCCUGGUGGGAGUCACUGUGUUCUUUAGCUUUCUGAUAUUUGGGAUGCACAGCCGCUGAGGAGGUGGAGGCGGGAGCGGACGCUCUGAGACUGAGGAGGAAAACGGGAUUAGCCGCGGUCGUAGGCGAGCGUCUGAGGAGACGGACGGACAGAAGCACCUUGUUGACGAUGCUACAGCUGGCUGCAGUGCGUGGGUGAAGAUUUUAUAGCUAAAUACAAAGAAUUGACAUUAACUGGAGCAUUAUUUUAGAAGUUUUCCAAAGUGGUGGAAAACAUGCUGGAACUCUUAUUGUGAAACAUGAAGGUUUCUUGUGUGUUCUGGAUUUGUUUUUAGGGUCAACAUUUUAGCUCAGAAUCCAAAUGAAACCACUCACUGUCGUGCUUCUCCACUCAAAUCUACAUUGUAAGGAUUGCUCUGUUAGGUUAUUUUCAUAAAUUCUGUAAGAAAAAAAAGACUGUAAAUGUGUAUUCCCUGUAAAUAAAUCAAACUGGAAAAGAUGA